AUGCACGCCGAGGCCUCUGAGAGGGCGAGCGAAAUUGCACCUCAGCGGCGCAGAAGAGCGGCGAAGCUUAACUCGGAUCCCGAAGUAGUUGCCCGGCAAUUAGCGGUUGAGCGUAAGAAGACCGAUCAGAAGAAGGCUAAACGUGCUGCGGAGACAUCGGAGCAAAAGAAGGAACGUCUAGCAAAGCGGCGUCACCAGGAGGCUGAGCGACGUGCCCGACCAUCUCAGCAGCAGCAACAACAAGACGCCAUCGUUAACGUCAAGGCUCGCCGAUUGACUGACUAUACGGUGAAACUUAGUGAAAGUGCCAGUGCGACUCGGACCUUCAAGACGGACUUCGUAAACAAUCCUUUUGGAUGUGUGUGCGACGUGUGUGAAAGACUGUGGCACAUGAAAGACUUGACGCCGGUAAGUAGUGCCUUGCGUGAAACGUUGAGUUUAGCGGCGCCGCCUACCCAAUGGGGAACCACCAUUGAUCUUGUGUAUCAGAGACAGAUAAUCAAUUCCAAAUACUGCGUUAAGGCCAUAGAGACGGCAGCGUGUUACUACACUGACCACCGAGCCGUCUUUGUGGCAAUAGAGAAGCAACCAGACGUUUAG